ACUAUCAAGCGGGUUGUUACCUUCACAAUUAUGAAUUACUAGGUUUCUUCCAUGCAAGCAGUUUGCGCGGAAGUCCCGUUGCCUCGGCAACGAGUCCUGCGCCUUAGAAGAAGUAGCGUGACUGCACUGAAAAAAGUGACAUAUGGAUGGAUUUGCCUUGGAUGCCUUUCUUUCAUUGAUUAGAGAUGUUGGAGCACAUGUCCCGGAAUUGCACAAAGGAUAACGAGACCAAGUCUUCGUUCACUUCCAAGCUGAGCUUUUCUGCUGACAUAUGCGUGGGACUUGCCAUCCUUUCAGUAGUGUUCCUUUCCGUUAUGGGCAACGGCAUUGUUCUGGUGAUCUGCUACCGUCGCCGCAACAAGAUGGUGGGCUCUGAGCUGCUGUGCGUCAACCUGGCUGUGGUAGAUUUCCUGUGCUGCAUCUGUUUCUACCCGCUCUCCAUUAUUUCAUCCUUUCACCAUGCGUGGCUGGGGGAAAACGUCACGUGCAUCUACUAUGGCCUUGGCUGCUACAUCUUUGGCCUGUGCGGCAUGUUCACCAUCGCCGCAAUAAGCAUCAUCCGCUACCUUAAGAUAUGCUACAGCUUGGUUUCGGAAUUGUGGCUGGAGAAGCCCAACAUCAGGCUUGUGUGCUGUGUCAUCUGGCUGGUGUCUACAGUGUGGUCCAGCUUCCCUCUCUUUGGCUGGGGUGAAUAUGUCCCCGAGCCUUAUGGACUGUCCUGCACCAUUGCCUGGCGAGGCUACCACACCUCAGCCAAGGAUGCCUUUUAUGUCAUUUGCUCCUUUGUGUGCUUUAUACUAACCCCUAUGCUGUUCAUAGUAAUGUCACAUUGCCAGACACUCUACAAGAUCUCACGCUUCUCUUCUUCACUGUCUGCUCGAGGAAUCCACAACAACCUGCGACGUGCUGAGAAACGACUUUCCAUGAUGUUUUUCUGCAUAAGUCUCGGCUUUGUCAUCGCCUGGAUGCCGUAUACCAUCGUGUCUUUCCUCUUCAUAUUCCACAAGGAGGACCAUUACAUGUCUCCUGAGGGCUUCGUUUUCCCUGCCCUCUUUGCCAAAAGUUCCCACGUCUACAACCCGUUCAUUUAUUUCUACUUCAACAAGACCUUCCAGAAAGAGCUCCGGUCCCUGCUGGACAUUAUCUGUCCAAAAAUGGGAAGGAAUCGGGUCAGCGCCCACAACGCUUUAAACAUCCAAGCUCCUGAUCCCAUCCAUAUCCAACUCCAAGAGAGACCCCAUGUCCACAAGAUAUUUGCUUUAUCUAGGAGUUGUACACAGAGCAAAAGCAAAACAUCAGGCAAAGAUACCAAUGGUAACCACGGCCUCAAAAGAAGAGUCAACACCUGUUGGGGGUCGACGCCAGGACGAGCCCCAGUUAUUUUGGAGGAAGCAAAGGUCAACAAUCCUUUGCCUCUGUCUGUAACCUCUGUUUAGACAAGGGUUAAGCCCCAAGUCGUUAUGCGAUUAAGCCAAAAAAUAUCAUUUUUCAAGUGUCGUAAAUGUGCACCACGGAACGCGGCUAUUUUGCAACCUAAAAAACUGGAGCUUUUUAACUUUUAAAUAGUAGUCACUGUGUAGCGUUACAAGAAAAACUAGCAGUGAAGACUCCCUCUUAACCUUCUGUUAAAAACCUGGCUAAAUUCAGCACCUCUCUGUGGGCAAAAAAAAAAAAAAAGUUCAGAGAUUUUAUUUUAUUUUAUUUUUCUUUUCACAGAAGAGUAGUUCUACUUAGCUUUACUUUGUACUUUUACGCGAGUAGUUUUGUGAAGCAGAAAUGCAAUGAAUUAUUAUUAUUUAUUUUUCAGAGAUGCCAACAAUGGCGCUACGAGAUGCUGACGAAUGAGACGUUGCAAACAAUGAUCACAUGACUCCAUUAUACCAUUUACACUCCAGCUUGCGGCCUGUUUAAACACGCGUCCUUAAAGUGCCUGUGACAGCAUAAAAAAAUCUUAUAGUAUUAUUAUGUGAAUUAGAAUCAUAUUUUGAGAUGAUUCGACUAUAUACAACAAUUUGGCAUAGCGCAGAUGACAAAAAAAUUGUCUUUUAAUCUGUUGUUUAGACCCGCCUGUCAUUAUAGUGCUCUAGCGUUCGCAGCUGGAUGAUGACGUCAGCAGGGUCACGAUUUCAUCUGAUUUAGAAUUCAGCCCAUUGAGAUUAAGGGGGAACAUUCAGAACGAGGAAAAUGCGACGAAGAGAGCAGCAAAAUGUCAAUGUUUCAAUCUCUCUACGCCGAUAUUUUUACAGGAUAUUCUUUUUGUCCAAGUAUUUUUUCCCUAAUUGCUAAAUAAAUGGUAUGGUCAUGACAAAUAAGUCUCUUGCUAAAUGGAAUAUGAAAUAUUAAAAAUGCAUUCAUUUAGUAUGACAAGGCAAAAUUACUGCAUAAUGGUCAAAACUGCCGACGUCUUCCUCUCCCAAACGGUGUUUAAAGGCACCGGAGUUAGUCCGGCUUUUGUCAUUUGCCUGCCCCGGCUUCGGAGACUGAGGAAAGAGCAUGAACAAAACAGGAGGCAUGACAGUUCGCCCACAAACCUGAACCAAGCAGCUUUUUAGUCUUAUUCUCGCCUUUCGGACUCAUGUCACACACGGCGGCGGGGUUGAUUGUCGUCACCGAUCGGCCAGCCCCCAGUGGUGAGCAAGUUUCGGCUCGCCAAAAAGGCUCACAUGCCUCUCCCUGGUGCAGCAACAAAAGCCUGCAGCACAUUGGGCUUGCGUGAUGUAAAAAAAUAAAUGAAAUAAUCCACAAAAUCAGCUGAAUCUGCACUUUUUCUGCGUCCUGUAGUAUUGGCUGUACACUGAAGAUUAUUGUCCCGCUGACGUCACAUUCGCAUUCUUCAUCAAUCUAGGGAGUCACUCAUUUUCAUGGACCAGGAUUAAAAAAAAUUAAUAAAUAUAUUGAUCGCUUCCACACAAGCGGUCCAUUUCAUUCAGGAGCAUAAAAUACCGUGUGUAAUAUACUGUAUAGUAAACAUGCUUUUUGCUGUCAUAGACACCUUAAAGUACUGUUAAAAAAAAAGUGUUAUUUGACAUGGAGCGCUGCCGUCAACAUGUCUUGAAAGCGCGUAUUUUAACCUCUCGCCGCAGUUUUUAUUUGGGAUCGAUUGACUAAAGAAAACCAGACAUAUCAUCCUUUUAUUUCAUAAUAGGAAAUUUGUUUUCUCCACUAAAGAACACUCAUGCUAUUUCGACGAAUGAUGCCAAAUUUUAGGAUUUUUUUUGUCUCUCGCUGGAAUUCAAUGAUUAAAAAAAAAAAAAAUUCUGUUGCUUAAUGUGGUUAUGUAAUAGGUUAUAGUCUUGUUCUUCUUCAAAGUAUGAUAAUAACCGUUCAUAUGAAUUACAAAAAAAAAAAAAAAAAAAAAAUCAAACAUCGUAAGCAGUCACUCACAGUGUUAAUCAUUACUUGAGUAUACUUUUCACAAAAUAGUUUUUUAUUUCUUGGAUGACUAAUUUUACUUGAGGAAUAUUAUUUUAAAGUAACGCUACUCCUCAGUAACAGUAACGUGUGGCUACUAUAACAACCUCUGAAAUUUGAUGUUCUCCUUUUUUUCUCACAGCGGACUAGUGCAAAUUAUGACAUAUCUCCUCUCUAUUGCCUUGUGCCUUGAAGUUGUGUAUACUGUUUAACUAUAUUUAGUUUUGUUUUUAAAUGUGCCAUUAUUUCUUGGACCUAUCAAAAUUUGUAUACAAACUUUAUUUGUAUCUGUCGAAGGACCCACUUGAGAAUUAGACGAUGCAUUUGUCUGUGAUAAAUAUUCAUCAACAUCAACCCAGUCCUGAAAUGUUGAAAAUUGAAUUUUAUGUGUGUAAGGUAUUGUAUUUCUCGUAAUGUGUGCUACUGCUGUGCCUUGUGUAAUAAUAAUAAUAAAAAAAAGUGCAGAUAUUUAAGUAGUUUUAAAUCUAAAUUACGGUUUUCCUUGAUUGCUUAUACACAUUUCUUGGUACUUGAAAAGCAAUGGCCACAAUCCCCGCUUUACACUCAAAAAGCAGUGGUAAAACACAUUUUUCCUGCCUUAAACCACUACACACUGUCCUCUACAUUUGGUCCAAUUUUCAUGAGAU